AUGACCGAUAUCAACCCUAUCAUUCCUGGCUUCGCGCCAGACCCUUCUGUGGUGAAAGUUGGAGACUGGUACUACCUUGUCAACUCAUCCUUCCACCUGUUUCCUGGAUUGCCCAUCUAUGCCUCUAAAUAUCUACUCUCCUGGCAUCAGAUAGGCAACGCAAUUUAUCGGCAAGGUCAAUUAAGCCUAGCAAGAUCGAAUACAACUUUGAAUCCCUCGUCAGGCACUGGCUAUUCACAGCUUGCUACCGGUGGUCUGUACGCACCCACAAUUCGACAUGACAAAGGGACGUUCUAUGUGAUUUGUACCAACGCCAUCCGUGCUGACAAGUUGUCAGCGGACCCGAAAGCCGUGAAAAAGAACUUCAUUGUUUCAACCAAAGAUAUCUGGGCGAACGAGUGGAGUGAUCCUGUUCUGUUCGAAAUCGAUCUUCUCACUGGGGAGAAGAUUUCUCCCGAACGGACAAUUUGGCCCGGCUCCGGUGGCCUUUAUCCAGAGGGUCCUCAUAUUUACAAGCGAAAUGAAUGGUACUAUUUGAUGAUCUCAGAGGACGGCACACAUGAGAAUCAUAUGGUCACAAUGGCCCGCUCCAAGGAUAUCUGGGGCCCAUAUGAGGGGUGCCCCAACAAUCCUAUUCUUACUGCUCGCGGCACAUCUGAGUACAUACAACACGUGGGACACUGCGACGCCUUUGAAGACGGCGAAGGGAACUGGUGGGGAGUUUGUCUUGCCGUGCGAAAGGACAGCAGCGGCAGGCAAAUCAUGGGAAGAGAGACCUUUUUAACUUCCGGCAGGUGGGAUGAGGAAUGGUUGAGUUUCGACCGUGUUCAACGCAAUCUAAAUCCCACUUACUCGACGCGACCGGAAGCCUGUCGCGAUCUCUCCACCGAGCCAAAUGUCGACUUUGUCUACAUCCGGGAUCCAGAUCUCAGCAAAUACAAUAUCUCAAACAGCGGCACACAGGUCACCCUUACAGCUUCGAAGAUUGACUUGCCGCAUCCUACCCAAUCCCCUACCUUUGUUGGGAAAAGACAACGUCGAUUGAGCGGUGAGAGCAUCGUCACCCUCCGCCACUCAUCGAGUGUUCCAGAGCCGACCAAGCUGAAAGCUGGUCUCGCUUGCUACAAAGAUGAGCACCGCUAUGCUCGGGUAUUCUAUGAGGCAGCAAGCUCCGAGGUUGUCUUUGAACUUGUGAAUCAUGCCCAAAAGACUACGCGGACCGAAAAGCACACAGUGCCCUCCUUUGAAGAAUUAACUCUUCGAAUGACUUAUACAGAGCAGAGCUAUACGAUAUCAUAUAGAGCUUGGAUUGGCUCCGAUGAAGGCUUCACACAAAUUGCGUCCAUAGAUACUUUAGCACUUACAGCUGUAGAUUUUGUUGGGACAGUGAUAGGAAUAUUUGCAGUCAGUGAAGAUGAUGGACCGGUCGUUGAGUUCACCAAUCUUUCAAUAGAAUAG